UGCGCCGCUAGUUUGUUUGGGAGUUUGAAGAAGUCACCGAGACAGGCUGGCCUCGUAGUGAAAGCCGUUAAGAAGUUGCCAUAAAUACACAUUCGACGGAAUUGUAUUUUUACUUCGAAGUAUUAGUAAUUAACCAUCCACUACAUAUAUUUGUUGGGGAUUCCAGUGCCAUUAUGGAGGAUAAAAAAGAAGAAGGGGAAGCGGAGAUUCAGGAACACGGACCCGAACAUUGGUUCUCAAAAUGGGAGCGGCAGUGCUUGGCCGAAUCUGAGCAGGGGGAGCCAAACGAGGAAGAGGCAGAUCAAAAUCAGGAAAAAUUGUGGCACCUUUUCCAGAAUUCUGCUACAGCGGUCGCUCAACUUUAUAAAGAUCGAGUUUGCCACCAGCAGGGCCAGGGACUUUCACUUUGGGUGCCCUUUCAAAACGCUGCAACAACUGUUACCAAUUUAUACAAAGAAAGUGUAGAUGCCCGUCAAAGAAGUUACGAUCUAGGAAUUCAGAUUGGCUAUCAGCGACGCAACAAGGAUGUUUUGGCCUGGGUCAAGAAGCGCAGGAGAACCAUUCGUCGUGAGGAUUUGAUUAGUUUCCUUUGUGGCAAAGCUCCCCCUCCAAGGACUUCCAGAGCUGCGCCCAAACUGACUGUCAUGUCCCCAAACCGGGCUUCCUCCACAGACACGGUCUCUUCUGUUGAGGCCGACUUACAACCCUUCCGAGAGGCUAUAGCACUACACGGCCUCAGCGGGGCCAUGGCGAGCAUCAGCGUGCGCUCCAGCACCCCUGGCUCCCCCACCCAUGUGAGCAGCAGCUCAAACCCGGGCCGCCGGAGAAACGGACUGCACGAUGUGGACUUGAACACUUUCAUAUCAGAGGAGAUGGCACUGCACCUGGAUAGCAGCAGCACCAGGAAACGCAGCUCUGCCCAGUGUGCCGACGUCAUCACAGACUCCCCCACCCAUAAACGUAACCGAAUGCUCUGAGCCACCCCCCACCCGACCAAGUGACCCGCCCACCCGCCCCUCCCCAACUACCCACCCGCCCACCACACGAGCUCCUGCCGGCUCCCAGUCACGUACUGUGCUGCUUGACAAAAAAGGAGAGAAAAGAGAAGAAAAUGAAAAAAAUAUGAAUAAAUAAAAAAGCCACUUAAAAUCCUGAAAACUUUUGUCCCCCCCGAGCCCCUAACCUCCCUACCAAUGCCCCCACCCACCCACUCACAAAAAAGGAAACGAGGGCCAUUGAACAUCACAUGAAAAGUGAAUUCAAUAAUGAUUGCCAUACGUUGGACCACUGUAGUAGAUACCUCUCGCUGUAAACCAAUAUCUGUUACCCUCUCUCAGUGCACUCAGUGGACACGUCUGUCAGUACUUGAUUAUUUGAGUGUAGAGUUUAAGUUUUUGAGUUCUUGCUGACGGUAUUCAUCCUAUAGGAAAUGUGUGGGUGGCUGGUGGCCUGCCCCAGGGCUGGCUUUUGCAGUGCCCAUAUUUGCUAUUAAUGCUUUAGCCGUGCAACCAGUUAACCACUGAAUGUUCAAUUUAUUUCAGCAUCCGGUGUCCUUUGUACACCUGUUCAAUUCACACCAGAUAUGCUGAUGAAAAAACUGCUUUCUUCUGUUUCUAUAUAAUGGCAGUUAUUUUGUGAGGACUCCCGUACUAUUGAACUCAUGCUUUUUACAACCUGCUAGUCUUAUUUUAAGCUGCUGCUGAGUAGGGAUGGGGCAGAAAAAAAGAAGAAAUCAAAGAAAUCGAGAUGGCACCGCGUUUCAUAAUGUUUCUGCCUGUGAUGCACAUCUAUACACCAAAUCUUAACAUCUGCACUUGUCAGACUGAAGAUUUUCUCUUUUGUUUUCGUACAUUCAUACAUUUAUUUCAACAUAAUUGUGAUCAGCUACAACCGUGCACAACUCCGUGUCCGAUCUGGAGUCUGUAGCCAGUGUUUCAGGCGUUGGAAUCAGGACCGUUGCUGCCGUCUUUCGGCCUUCCCUUGGCCUGUGUUAGGUACUCCUCCUCUGUUAGCAGCACCAGCCGAGGUGCCACUCUGCAGCAACACCAAUCUAUUGAUUUUUUUAAAAAUCAUCUUGCUCUAAUCAACCCACAAUCACCUGGAGUUCAGUCAGAGAUGUACACAUGUUAUUCUUAAUAGCGUAUUCAAGGAAAAGGGACAAGAUUUACCAAAUGUGCACCAAUCUUGCUUUGGAAUUUUUUGUCCACUUGGGUGCAAGAUUGUUACAUGGAUUAAAUUUAGAUCCUAUUCGGUAUCAAAUCAUUUUCUGGAAUGUAUGCUUUCGCAAAAGCAUGUGGUUCACAUUUUGCUCUUUUUACAUGGUCUCAUCAGUAAUGCCUAUGGCAAGCAGGAAUGCAAUGAUUAAUUUGCCGUCUCGAUUUAUCACCUUUUUGAAUGCUCCAUCCCUAUUGCGGAGGUCCUUUAAUUUGUCUUUGUUUUGUUCUGUGUUGUGAAUUGGAGAUGGUUGCAAUAAUUGCUGUUGCACUAAAGUCAACUACAGAUCCAUUUGGCUUGAUGGCAAAAUUCUCUUGAUGCCACCGGAUCCAAAAUUUCAGACAAUGAGUAAUACGAUGGCCGCUAAAUGGAGAAGCUGGUAGAUGCGUCUGUACAGAAGUAGUAAGUAGUGGCAGACUUCAGCGUUGAGGCGAUCUCUACAGAAUAAACGGCUUUCUAUUCGGGGGUGGGGUGGGGACUCUGCGUGGCAUAAGGAAUCCAUUUCUUUGACUUUUUUGUUUGUUUGAUUUUUUUUUCUUUUGAAGCAGUGGCGGUUCAGUGACUCCUUCCUGGCGUCAAUGAAGUUUCAUGCAUUCAAGCCACUUGUAUGCACUUGAGGUAUCCCUUCUUGAGCACUUGUUGAUGGUGCUCAAGAGAAGUCCUCAGAUAAAUGUUGUGUGAAAAAUUGAUGCAGGUACAUGUGGGUAUUUUGGUGCACAUUGUCGACAGAUGGGGGGAGGUAAACGUGGAGAUAAUUGUAGUGCAUUCAAUAACUGGAGAAACUUAAGUGAUAUGUUAACAUUUACCGUCUAAAGCCUGGCAUUAAAACAUGCCCAUAAAAAUCAUUUCAUGGGCAUCUGCUCAUUUUCCAACCCUGAGGUAUUCUAAUGCCAAACAUACAUAAGAAUCCAGCUGAUGGAGAAACUUAGGUUCACAGUUAGCAUUACUAAGCACACUUUGUUUCGGCCUGUUGACUGGCAUAUAGGCGAUGGGGGCACAACCAGGGACAAUUAUGUAGAAAUGUCACUUUAUGCUCUCUUCUUUUUUUGGCUUGCUUUUUAUUUUAAUAAAUAAACAAGAAAUAUCACCAACUAAUCUUAAAAAAUAAAAGAAAACUACACUUAAAUGUAUCAAUCAUUUUUUUCCAGUGUCAUUUAACAGGUUGUGCUGCAACCAAGUCUAGAUGCUGGCUAACCACUGAUUGUAGAGACAACGAGAUCAGUCAAGUUAACAGCAGUUUGCCACACUGUUCAUGUCUUUUUUUCCUUUCUUUUUUGUUUUUCCAAAACUUGAGAUGAGCAUUGUGUUGGAGAAAUAAAUAUUGCAAAAUGUUGCCAUGUAAAAUGUCUCCCUUUUUAAAAGAAGCAGUAGUGUAUGGGCUUAAGUUAUUAAAGACUUUUCAAAUAUGCAA